AUGAAUUCGGCAGAGCAGACGGUGACAUGGCUGAUAACGCUUGGGGUGCUGGAAUCUCCGAAGAAGACCAUUUCAGACCCCGAGGGCUUCCUCCAGAGCUCACUGAAGGAUGGAGUAGUCCUUUGCAGACUGUUGGAGCGCCUCAGCCCGGGCUCCACGGACAAAAUAUACUACGACCCGAAGAACGACGGGGAGAGCUUGAGCAACAUAAAGGAGUUUCUCAAGGGCUGUUUAUCAUUCCGCAUCGAGCUAUUUGAGGCCAGUGACCUGCUCCUGGGACUAAACUUUUCCAAGGUUUUGAGUACUCUGGUGGCCCUGAAUAAAGUAACUGCAGAUAUUGGAGUUGGCAGUGAUUCAGUCUGUGCUCGUUACUCCUCGGCUCACCGCAUUAAAUCAUUCGAGUCGCUUUCUUCUCAAGCUUCACUGGGCCGCUCCUCUAAGCUCAUACAGAACCAGUUUCGUAGUCUGGACAUGUCAGAAAACAGUGGGCAACAGCUGCUGGUCAAGGCACGGUUUAACUUCCAACAAACGAACGAGGAUGAGCUCACCUUCAAUAAGGGCGACAUCAUCAAUGUGACACGCCAGGAGGACGGUGGAUGGUGGGAGGGCAGCCUGAACGGAAAAACUGGCUGGUUUCCCAGUAAUUAUGUCAAGGAGGUCAAAGGCUCCGACAAACAAGUGUCCCCCAAGUCGGGCACACUCAAGAGUCCACCUAAAGGCUUUGACACUUCUACUAUCAGUAAAACGUACUACAACCUGGUGUUGCAAAACAUUUUAGAAACGGAAACCGAAUAUUCCAAAGACCUGGAGAGUCUUCUCACAAACUAUCUGCGACCACUCCAAAGCAACGACAAGUUAAGUUGCUCAGAUGUGGCGUUCAUUCUUGGGAACCUGGAGGAGAUCUGCACUUUCCAGCAGAUGUUGGUGCAGUUGCUGGAGGAAAGUACAAAACUUCCUGAAAGCCAACAAAGGGUCGGUGCCUUUUUUCUGAACCUGAUGCCACAGAUGAAAGCUCUUUAUGUGGCAUACUGCUCCAACCACCCCUCAGCUGUGGAUGUGCUCACCCAACAGAGUGAAUAUUUGGGUGAAUACAUGGAGGCUCACGGAGCAGCCAACCCCGGUACACUCGCGCUCACCACUGGCCUCAGCAAGCCUUUUAUGAGACUGGACAAAUACCCCACAUUACUCAAAGAGCUGGAGAGGCACAUGGAGGACGGUCUUCCUGACAGGACAGACAUACAGAAAGCCAUGGUGGCGUUCAAAAAUCUAUCGAGCCAUUGCCAGGAGGUGAGGAAGCGAAAAGAGCUGGAGCUGCAGAUCCUGACUGAGUCCAUCCGACUGUGGGAGGGAGAUGACAUCAAGACCCUGGGUUCUGUGCUCUUCAUGAGUCAAGUCCUGGUUCAGGGAGGAUCAGAGGACAAGAGUGAGCGUUACCUCAUGCUCUUUCCCCACGUGCUGCUCCUGCUGUCUGCCAGCCCCAGGAUGAGUGGGUUCAUAUUUCAGGGGAAAUUACCUCUAGCAGGGAUGAUUGUAAGUAAACUGGAAGACUGUGAAGCCUAUAAAAAUGCAUUCGAGCUCAAUGGUACAUUAUUUGAUCGUCUGCUGGUUAUGUGCCUGAACCAGCAAGAUCUUCAAGACUGGAUGGAACACCUCACUAGACAAAUAAAGCACAAUGCAGCGUCUGCCCCCAGUCACAAGCCCCUCACAGUUCCCUGUCACACGCUCCCCUCUCACCCCCUCACUCCGUCCCGGCACGCUGAAGGAAGGGCCAUGACAGUUGCUCCCACUUACCACACCCUACCUCACCCCUCGUCCCACGGCUCACACAGCACUCUGAUGUGGGGUCCCCUUGAGCCCCCCAACACCCCCAAGCCCUGGAGCCUGAGCUGCCUGAGGCCUGCCCCCCCACUGCGGCCCUCGGCAGCACUCUGUUACAAAGAGGACUUAAGUAAAAGCCCCAAGAGUGUGAAAAAACUCCUUCCGAAGCGUAAACCUGAGCGGAAACAGUCUGAAGAGGAGUUUUCCCUGAGGAAGAGCACUGCUGCUUUGGAAGAAGAUGCCCAGAUCUUGAAGGUUAUUGAGGCAUACUGCACCAGUGCCAAAACAAGACAGACUCUCAACUCCACUUGGCAAGGCACUGACCUGAUGCACAACCAUGUGUUGGCGGAUGUGGACCGCUCCUGUGUGGACUCUCCGGGCCGUCGUAGCAGCAUGUCGCGGCCAGAGCUUUCCUCUGACCUCUCUGAGGACUCGGACUAUGACUCCAUCUGGACCACUCACAGGCUUCAGAAGAACGCAGGCCUACACGUCAUCAUCCCUGCUGACGACAAAGACCCCAGCCGUAAUGGACAAAGCAGAUCGGAGGAAAAGAGUUUGGUCGAUAUAGUCUAUUCCUUAAGAGAUGAAGUUCAAGGUCUAAAACAGGAUACCAAGAAGAUGAAGAGGUCAAUGGAGGAAGAGCAGAAAGCUCGAAAGGACAUUGAGAAAGUUGUACGGAGGGUCUUAAAGAGCAUCAAUGACCCAUCAUGGGACGAGACAAAUUUGUGA